AUCACUUCAAAAAGCCCAUAACACGCUAAGCAAUUUAUAUAUAUAUAUCCUCGAUAAACUCAAAGAAAACGCAUAAAACAGACUAUCAGAAACAAUGAAAGGUAAGGAGACCACCAAUGGAAGAUCUACCGCAUCAUCAUCAGAUCUCUUAGUAUGUUUUCCUUCAAGAAUAACUCAUACAAUGAAAGCUAGACUCUUGUUAGAACCCAACAAGCGCAACCCCGCCCACAAAAAGUUACUGGCGCUCCGGUCUGGUGGCAGCUGCAGCAGACAAGCCAACAGCCCUGCUCUAGAAUGGUCCAAAUCGAAAACCUCGGAGAUCGUGGACGAACCGAAGUCCCCCAAAGUUACCUGUGCCGGGCAGGUGAAGGUCCGGCCCGAUCAGCCCGCACGUUCAUGCAAGGACUGGCAAUCGGUGAUGCAUGAGAUCGAAAGGCUGCACAAGAGGCGAAAGUACAAACGGACGCCGUCGUCUUCAUCGUCGGGGUUGUGGUUCAAGAAAGACGUGGUGCAAUUCAUCACAUGCUUGCGUAACAUCAGGUUCGACUUCCGGUGCUUCGGCGCGUUCCCGUCCUCCGCUGUCGACGACAUCACAUCUGACGAGGAGGAAGAGGAGGUCAGAGAGGUGGAAAAUACAGAAGGCAAAGAUAAGGGAGAUAAUGAGUCUCCGACCGCCGCUUUCUCUAAAUGGUUCAUGGUCUUGCAAGAAAACCAAAACCCAGAAAUAAACGCCACGGAAAAAGAUUCUGACGCUAGUCCAUCGUGCGUACCACCACCCAACGCCCUCUUGCUCAUGCGCUGUCGUUCAGCUCCGGCGAAGAGCUGGCUAAAAGAGAUACAAGCGAAAGAAGAUGAAGAGAGGUCAAAACCCGAGGAAAAUGAAGAAGAAGAAGAAGAAGAAGACAAAGAGAGUGCUACUUCUACUAAUCGCGAGGAGGAAGAGGAGGAAGAUGAAAAGGAGAAGAAGAAGACAGACAUGAGCUUAGUUGUGAUGGGAUAUGGAGAAAACUUCUGCAAACUGUCUUCAGACAUAGCCAAGGAGACUUGGGUUGUUGCAGGAAUCAGAGAUCCGCUGAUCUCAAGAAGUAGAAGUUGCAAGAGGUAAUCAUUAAUCAAUACACACAUAAUCUUGUGUGCAUGUUCAGGUCACCGUUUCAUUUCUUUCGUUGACUCUGCCCAAUAUUGGGGCAUCUUGUGGGAAAACUGCAUAUAUCACGCAGAAGAAUAAGAAUAUUUCUUUAAUUUAUGGAGGAAGAAAGAAUAUGGUUUUAAUCUUAUGUGUUGUUGUUGUUUAUUUUACUUUCCGCUUGUUUUUUAAAGCAAAAGAAGCUGUUUAAUUUGGGUUUUGAAUUCUUAAUUAUACAGUAUCUAAUUCCAUGCUUUUAUUCGAUAUGGUUCUGAAUAUUUAUGUGUUUUGUCAAAUUGUGACGAGACUAGGUCACUAUUCUUGUUACGUUAUGGGGUUGUAAUUUGUGACGUCGAUUGUGUAUUCAAGAAUUGUAUCUAAAUGUGUAUAUCACUUCUUUGAUGAUAAUAAAAUAUUGCUUUCUUCAUGGUUGA